AAACCAGAACGUCCUCCAGAACCUGAAAUCAGUGAAAUCUUUGCUUUGUCUUUGUCUUGUCAAAAUGUGUCAGAUGCAGAUGUGAAACUUGAAAUCAUAAAUUACGUAAAUAUUGUGGUGUUUACGUUACGAAUAGAUUAACGCAGUUCCAGAUUAGCCACCGAUAAUCUGUAACCUUUGAGAAAAACUUAUUGAAGUAGGCCUAUUGUUAUUUAAUUUCGACCUACAAAUAAAUAAACAUAAAUCUAUAUAAUGGGAGCUGUAUUAGCUCUUUGUACAGCUUCGCAGCUGGCAUGCUGCUGUGGUAGUGCAGCGUGCGGCCUCUUUUGCUCAGCAUGUCCGUCCUGUCGCAAUUCUACGUCAACCAGGAUCAUGUACGCUGUUAUGUUGCUCGUCGGCACCAUUACUGCAUGCAUCUUCCUGGCACCUGGACUUCAAACCACUCUACAAAAGGUUCCAUUUUGUCGGUUCGACAAUUCCUCCGCUGAAAAGACAAUCAUGAGUCAGAUAAAAGAUUUGACUAUUGGCAACAAUAUGACGAUUGACUGUCAAUGGGCUGUGGGGUACCUAGCUGUCUACCGCCUCUGCUUUGCUCUCGCUGCGUUCUUCUUCCUCAUGGCACUGAUGAUGAUUGGAGUUAAGUCAUCCAGAGAUCAUCGUGCUGGUAUACAAAACGGAUUCUGGGGUCUCAAGUAUUUGCUUGUCAUUGCCGGCACUAUCGGAGCGUUCUUCAUUCCCGAAGGAUCUUUCACUACAACUUGGAUGUACUUUGGGAUGGCCGGUGGAUUCGCUUUCAUCAUCAUUCAGUUGGUGCUGAUCAUAGAUUUUGCCCACUCUUGGGCCGAAGCCUGGGUAUCCAACUACGAAGAGACUGAAUCUAGAAAAUGGUAUGCUGCGCUCAUGAUCUCAAUGAUUGUCAACUACGCUUUGGCAAUAACCGGAGUCGUUCUUCUUUUUGUCUACUUCACUCAGGCCAAUGACUGCACCAUGAACAAGAUCCUAAUCUCAUUGAACAUUGUGAUCUGUGUGAUCGCCAGCGCCAUCUCUAUCUUGCCCGCAGUGCAAGAUGAGCAGCCCAGGUCUGGAUUGCUCCAGUCGUCCGUCAUCACUCUCUAUGUCAUCUACCUUACUUGGUCCUCCCUGGCGAGCAACCCAGACCAGAACUGCAACCCUGGAUUUCUACUGGGUAUCGGUGGUGGCAAGGAUAAGACCAAGGUUAGGUUUGACUCGGAGAGCAUCGUGGGAUUGACUAUUUGGAUGUGCUGCGUGCUCUACUCAUCUCUCCGUACAGCUUCCAAGUCCUCCAAGAUCACCAUGUCAGAUCACGUUCUGGUCAAGGACAAUGGAGCUGUUCGCUCCAAUGGCGGUGGGCUCAUUGACAACGAAGAGUCCGGAAGUGAUGGUGGAGAGAGGGGUGGGGAUGCUAAGGUCUGGGACAAUGAAGACGAAGGUGUUGCUUACUCUUGGUCUUUCUUCCACACCAUGUUCGGACUUGCCACUUUAUACGUCAUGAUGACUCUCACCAACUGGUACUCACCCAACUCCACCCUGGAGACUCUCAAUGCCAACUCUGCCUCUAUGUGGGUCAAGAUGGUGUCGUCCUGGUGCUGCUCUUUGCUCUACAUCUGGACCCUGAUCGCUCCUAUCGCCCUCCCUGAUAGACAGUUCGACCACUAGACUUGUUGCAAGGCAAAUUACUAAACUUACUUUAUGGCAUUGUCGGUGGCUAAACUUAUAUUAUAUUGAUGUUGGAGAAACUGCUACACAUUCAAUGUACUUUAUUUAACUCCACUAAUUAUACUACAUAUAUUUUUGGUAGUAAUUUAAUAUAGUAGAUGCAAUUUGAUCAAUAAAAGUUGUUCUCAUUCCUUUAUUCAAAAGUUUGUUAUUAUAUGUUGUGUUUUAAGAACACAUUUUACUGUUAUUAGUGCUUUGUGUUUUGUUUAGUUUUUACUUUCGAAGCAUGUGUUUCGACUGUUUCAAGGCAUGUUGGUGCAAGGUGUUGUAAGUAUUGCCAACAAAAUGUUGGUGACAAAAUGUCACAAUACACAAGGAAGAGGAAUCUGUGAUGAUUUAUUUUUAGUAUUUUUAGUUUAAGCAAUAGCCUAUCUGAACAGUGUUAAACAUAAAAAUAUUGUAUUGCUCAUUAAUGUUUCUUAGUGAGUUAUUUAAUGUUAGAUCACCUUGAUAUUAUAUGUUUAUGUAUCCCAAAUAAAGUUUUAAGUAUAUACCAUGA